ACGCCCUUUCCCCAGGGCCUGUAAUGUUACGCUUGGCAAAGCGAAACCCAUCCUGCUCCGUUUCUCCCAGACUGGGUUCAUCAUGGCCUCAGAGGAGGCAGCCACGAGGCUUCAAGAAGAGCUUUCUUGCUCCAUCUGCUUGGAGUGCUUCAGGGACCCAGUGUCAAUUCACUGCGGACACAAUUUCUGCCGAGCCUGCAUCACCAACUACUGGAGGAUCGGGAAAAAGAAAACAUUCUCCUGCCCACGCUGCCGAGAAACCAGCCGGAAAAAAACCCUGAAGCCCAACCUGGAGCUGAAGAACAUUGCGGAAAUUGCCCCCAAGCUGCAGGUAGCCAAGGCAGCUGGGGAGAUGACCUGCAAGAGGCACCAGGAGCCCCUGAAACUCUUCUGUAAGGAUGACCAGAUGCUCAUCUGCGUGGUGUGCGACAAAUCUAAAGAGCAUCAGAACCAUGCUGUGCUUCCCUUGGAGGAGGCCGCUCAGGAUUACCAGAAACAAAUUCAGGAUCAGUUGAAGUGUUUGUGGCAUGAUAAAGAGCAGCUCUUGGCAUUUAAGGCAAUUGGCUCAGCAAACCACAAGGAAUCUCUGAGAAAGAUCACAUCAGAGAUGCAGAAAGCAGAGUCUGUCUUUGAGCAGGCGCACGAGUUUCUCAGUGAGCAAAAGCAAUUCCUGUUGGCCCAGUGGGAAUCACUAAAGACAGCAGCAGAGAAGCAGCAGCAGGAACACACCAACAAGCUCUCAGAAAACAUUUCCUGCUUGGACAGCCUCAUCAUAGAGGCAGAAGGAAGAUGCCAGCGACCAACCAAUGAGUUUUUACAAGAUGUAAAGAGUACAUUGGUAAGGCUCAAGAAAAGAAAGUUUCAGGAUUCGAUGGAAACCUCUUCUGGACUGGAAGAAAGCCUUAACUCUUUGAUUAGGAAAAAUGUUGUUGUCAAGGAAAUUCUGCAGAAAAUCAAAGACACUCUGCCAUCUGAAGUAGAGAAAGGUCGGACAAAAUCUCCAGCAGCUCUUGAAGCAGCAAAAGGUGCUCCGUCAUUUGGUGUGGCCGGUUCACCGGCCAUGAAAAGAAAAGUGGUGAGGCAUGUGGUUGUUCCUGUGAGAAAUAUGAAUGCACAACGAUACCAGAUGGCGGCAGCGAGCUCUACUAGUUCUUCUGAUGGCAGCUUGGGCAGCAAAAUGUCUUUCCCAAGACCCUCAGUGCCUGAUAAAAUGGCAUCAAUGGGAGAUGGUAAGUCGGCAGAGCUGUUGACAGAGGGGGACUGGGAGGGAAUUCAAGGGCCCAAAUCAGCUGGAGGGCAUUUGAAGGUCCUGUACCUGAGCCGGGGUGGUGGUGGUUUAAAUUUGGGAAUCAAGCUCCCUGCUCUGGACUGGGCACUGCUGGUGCCGGUCCAGAAGGAAGCUUCGUGCCCCAUCUGCCUGGGCUAUUUCCAAGACCCCGUGACCAUGCCCUGCGGGCACAAUUUCUGCCGAACCUGCAUCGCUCAGUGCUGGGGAGAACUGGAAGGAAACGUAUCCUGCCCCCAGUGCGGAGAAAACAGCCCGCUAAGUAGUUCCGCAGACAACCAGCAUCUGGCAAGAAUUGCCGACAGUGUCCGAUGUUUGCACCGAGAAACAUCCAGAGUGCUAGAAGAGCGAAGAAUGUGCGAGGGGCACCAGGAACCCGUGACAGUUUUCUGUAAAGAUGAUAAAAUUCCGAUCUGCCUGGUAUGUGCUAUCUCCAAGGAGCAUCGGCAUCACACCGUGAUCCCUACUGAGGACGCUGUCCAAGAUUACAAGGAAAAGCUAGGCAAUGAAGGGAAGAGGGUUGUCUCUGAGUUUGAGCAUCUGCACCAGUUUCUGGAGGAUCAAGAACAACUUCUGCUUGCCAGGCUGGAACAGCUAGAGAACGAGUUGAUAAAGGAGAAGAAGACAAUCACUUCCAAGCUGUCGGAAGAGAUUUCGAAUCUUAGUGACCUCAUUAGUGAGAUAGAGGAGAAGUGUAAGCAACCAAUGAAUGAAUUCCUGCAGGAUAUCAAGAACAUCUUAAACAGGUGUGAAAACCAGAAGAUCCAGCAGCCAGUGGAGCAUUCUCUUGAUCUGGAAAGAAGGCUGAAUGCAUUUUCUGAGGAAACCAUGCAUCUAGAAGAUUUCCAAAGGAAAUUCAAAGAUGGUCUGUCAUCUGAACUGGAAAGCACACCCUUGUUGAAACAUGCACUCGGAAUCCCAAAGGCCAGGACACGAUUAUUUGACCUUCCCUUUGCUGAGGUCGCAAAAAGAACAGGCAGAAGAGUGAACGUAACUCUGGAUCCAGGGACUGCAAACCCGUUCCUCAUCCUUUCUGCGGACCAGAAGAGUGUGAGACUGGGAGAUGUAUGGCAGGAUGUAUGCGACAACCCUGAGAGAUUUGAUACUUAUCCCUGUGUGCUGGGCUGCGAGGGAUUCAUGUCAGGGCGACAUUAUUGGGAAGUUGAAGUAGGAAGUGGGAGAUACUGGGCUGUAGGCUUUGCCAAAGAAUCUGUGAGGCGAAAAGGAGAAAUCAUCCCUAGCCCCGAGGAGCAGAUCUGGGCACUAAAACAGUAUGGAGAUUAUUUUGAGGCUCUGACUUACCCUGUGACCACCCUGUCCCUGAGCAGCUGGCCCCGGAGGAUCCAGGUAUUUCUGGACUACGAAGAGGAUCGUGUGGCCUUUUUCGAUGCGGAUACAGCAGCUUUGAUCUAUGUUUUUUCACCUGCUACUUUCAGUCAGGAGAGGAUUCUCCCUUGGCUCUGGGUAUGGCCGGGAACUGAGCUGAGGCUUUACCAGUGAGAUUCUUAUCUACGUAUACUGGACUAAUUGCAGUGAACUGGAGAAACACACUUUUUUUUUUGCCCUUUGACAGAUGCAGUCUCUAUGACAGUGGAGGCAGGACACAUACUGUUUGCUGAUGGGGAAGAGAAUGGUCUUUUUUUUUAGAGGCGCCAAUGUUGGAUCAGGCCAAAGGCCCAUCC